AUGCCCAUCUUACAAAAGUCGUUGAGGGAGAGUCCACAAGUCAUCAUAAACACAGUCAGCUUAUAUGAGCAAACUCAGAAUGACAUUCAAAAAGCAGUGCCAUGUAUUCCAGAUACAACCACAACACAAGAUUCUGAGGAUAAAAAACUUGACGUGGGCAACAUUGCUGAAAAGAAUUUCAAGUUGGAUAUACAAACCGAGCUGCCUUUCAAAUCAUCUCCAUUGGUUUGGUUCAAAGAGCCCCCACACUCUAGCCAGUCUACCAAGAAUGAAGCCAAGGUUGAUGCCAAAUCAAGUUUACCGCAAAAAAAAUCUGCUCUUCAACAGUACUGCAAAACAAUUGUACACAUUCUCCGACGCAAUGAGAAGCAUCAUGACAAGAAAUUCACAAAUGAAAAUCUCGACAAACAAACAAAAGUUACUUCUACAUCUAGUCUACACACUGUCGAUCAGUCACAAAGUGGCAUUACAGACAGCUCUAAUCCAUGUAUAUCCUCGCUAGAUUCACUAUCGGCUACAGAUGAUGUGGAUGAAGCUUCAUUGCAGCAACCAGAUGAUCCAAGGGUGAUUUCUUCGCGUCUACAAAAGCCUGAUUCAGAUGUGGGCGAAUCUUCCAAAAAUAACCUCACCAAAAAAGUUAUCAAAUAUUUUCGAGGAAACCAACUUAAUCAUCACAACGACCGCACUGGACAGUUUAUGCUUGAUGAAAACACGGAUGAUCCUGAUUUGCAAGCCGCACUCGCAAUCAUCCGUGAUUAUAUGAUUGCUUCAUCUGAACAAGAGCCUUCACUGCAACUUAAAACGUAUCAAGAUCUGGUAAAAAAGGUUUACAAGUUGGUUAAAAGUGCAAAAAAGAGGAUCAAGAGUACAGUAAAGCAUGUCGGAACAUCACAUGGCUGGGCCAACUCUGGACCGAUAAAAAAUGAUCUGAUUUCCGAUCCCGGUAUCAACCUGUUUGUAGAAAGUGUUGAAAAACGAUUAGAACAAGAGGAAUUUUUUCAUCAAACGCUUGCUGUACAUAGAGCUGGUGUCUCUGCUUACACUGUAGAAAUUGAACCUGUUCGCGUGCCAAAAUAUGGUGGUAUGCUGGAACAGCGUAUUUUUGACUCCAAGGUAAACGCUGGUAUACCAACCAGUAUCAAAACCAAUGCCUUUGAAAAGCAAACCUCAGAGAAACUUAAAGGAAGAUACUGUGAUAUUGAUAACGGCGAGGAUGACGCAGUAUCACUCAGAAAUGAUGAUGAUGAUGACACCAACGAUGUUGUUUACGGCACAUCCAAGUAUCGAGUAAUUGAUUUGAUCAAAUCCAAAGAUCUUACUUUUGACGAUUUGAUGCUUGAUGCCAAGCGUGUUUCUCAAAACGUACUUGCUGGACAAUCGGAAUCAACUCUUGCAUACACCUCUUCAAGAGGAUCGCUGGCUAUUCCUAUUUCAGAGGGCCAGCGAUCCAGUAAAAGCUAUUAUCAACUUAGUUUAGAACGCAAAAAAAGCUUAAACAGCAACAAUCGACUAAACAGUGCAAGUAUGUUUUUAAAAGCAUUUCCCAGCUGUGAUCGCAUUUGCAACCAACCUACAAAGUUUAGCAGUGCUGUGAUGGACUGUGAAAAAACCACUCUGGAUUUUGACUCUACCUUGCCUGCUGUAAAACCUCCCAAGCAUGCGCAUACAGAUGACAAGGAACCUGAGUCAAAAAUUACUCAACCCAAUGCUAACUCGGCUUCAUCAUUUACAAAAAGUCCCUCCAGAUUUGUGUUGGAACCAGCUGGUAAUCAGCCUGGAAUUGAUGUGGAUAAUUUACUCACUCGUAUAUUGGGUGACGAUGAUUUUAAACGUACGCUUGUCGGCCCUCAUCUUUUUAACCGCGAAGCACAUCCAAAUCUGUUUGGCGAAGAGUCUGGUGCACCAUUGAUGUCUGAACACGAUCAAUUCUACUCUCACAAAAACGAUAUGUCAUCCCACGUAGACGAGAGUGAUGCUGACAACGAGUCUAUUUGCUCUUUUGUGGAUCGUGGUCCUACUUGGCGCGACUUUAAACAUUUUUCUCAAAAGUUGGAGCCAUCUUAUGAGGAUGAAAAUGUUGCCAGUGGGUUAGAUCGAGUCGGCCUGAUUGAUUAUGAUUCUGAUGAAGACGAUGUAAUGCAAAGCCACCCACUGCAGAGAUCUAAUAGCGAGUCUUGCGACUUGUUUGAAUUGGAGCUUUUGUUUGAACAGCAUCGUAAACGAAACAGGGCAGCCUAUAAGAGCGGACACAGUGACUUUUCCUCAAAUUUGAAGCCAAACGGCCAGUCAUUUGAUCAAACUGCUCCAGCGGUGCAACUUGGACCUGCUCAGCUAGGAGCAGUGAGUGCAGCAGCCGAUGAGUAUCUACGACAGUCUCGUAUGAAUCCAACAUCAAAUAUAGUCAAUGCACUAGGCACAUCUGUAACUGGUGCCAAUACGACACGAUGGCAUAUGCAGUAUCCAUUGAGGUCAUCUGAAUCUGCUAUUGAGAGUCUAUCCGCCAAACGGCUACGUAGCAGUGCAGGCAUGAAAUCGAUUGACAAUUUUCUCUGUAGUCAAGAGGCAGCAACUACUUUGGACAAUGUUCCAGAAAACACAUGGGAUGAUCUUGCAGGUGUAACAAACUUGUCCCGUACUGCUGAAUUUAAAAGUCUUAUAGGAUAUAUAUUUGGAGAUCAGAAAAAAGGUGCUGCAAACGACCAACUGAAUAGUGAUGUAUGUGUAGAUGGAUACGGCGCAGAUGAAAUGAUCCCACUUGAUUGUGAUUAUCCUGUAUUGUCAGAGACCGAUGGCAUGACCGAUUCUGAUAAUGAAAGUGAAGCAGCCGCCAACAAUCGAAGAUACACUUACGAAGAAUUAUGGCCAACAACUGAGGCUGAAAUGCGUGUAUGUCAAGAACUUGACUCGUCAUUAUCACUGGAUGAAGAGGUCAAUAUGCUCAUGUGUACAGAAAAUCUCCAACAAGAAUUAUCCGAAGCACUUGCAACCAACUUAGUUCAUCAAAACCAAUAAAUAUAUCUCUCAUC